AUGAGUGUUUCUUCUGUGUUGGUCCACACGUCCUGUACUACUAGAAGGAUGAUGCUGCUUCUGCUGCUAUUUGUGUUGACGCCCCAGAGCAGCCAUGCCCUGACCAGUCCAGUGGACCCCCAGUACCUGGAACGAAAAGUAGAGGAGCUCUUUGUCAAUGCGAAGCAAAUGCCCUUGGUUCUGUCUCGCGCAUACAAAGGCAACAACGGCGACGACAAACCCACCACUAUUCACGUACGAACAUCUUUUGAUGGCGAUACCAUGGUCUCUGUGGCCGAAGCGUGUCAUCCGGACCAUGAUCCGGACGAAUUUGUGGAAUUCUUGGAGAACUUUGGAGCCGCAUUCCCUCAAGUCAAUCCCAUGGCACGCAAUGUCCAGCAUUUGGAAGGAGACGCUCAAUCCUGUCAGGGCGUCAAGAGUGUCUUGGAAUUUCCCUUUCCGCUGCGCAAUCGCAUCAUGCUGCAUUGGAAAUAUCUGCGGCUUCAUCGUGGCUGUAGCAGUCCAAAACAACAAAAGCAGCAACAACAACACGAGCACAUGCUCAUUCUGUCGGAACAAGGCAAUCAAGAAUUGCUCCAAAAACACUACACUCCAUCGGAACAAAAAGACUAUGUCUUGGCCCGGACAUUUCUCUGUGUCUACUGGAUCAAACCUCUGCGUUGUCCCCAAACGGGAAACAUUCGAGGAUCCAGCAUACAGUAUGCCUUUAGUGGUGAUACUGGUGGCAAUAUCCCUGCUUGGGUUCAAAAUCAAGUGGGCCCCAAGACAGCUCUGGAUUCGGUGCAGGGAUUGUUGGAUUAUGUAGGACGGAACCAAAACAAAAAGCAGGCAGCAUCUGCUGGAAACAAAGAUCACUAGUCAAGAAACGAGUGAAGAUGCGGUAAAUGGACUUGUCCUUUGCAAGACCAGAGGAUCAGAGCAAUGCAACAACAAACAAUGGUUUCCAUUUCGCUCACGGAAAAGUGAGAAUACGUACCAGGGUUUGCUGCCCAAUUGCCUAUUUGGGGGCCAUGACUUCACGCGGCCCAGGGUUCAGUGAUGCGGGAAGAAAGGUACAUAUUGUUUGCAAGAGAACCACGUUGCAUUCUCGAGGAGGAUCCCAUGAAUCAUGCCAAACAGCUGUUCACAAAGAUGCCAAGAUAAAAGUAAU